AAUCUCGUUACAGUGACAUACAUCUUUUCUAUUACAGUCUCGUUACAUACUUUACUCGUUAUAAUCUCGUUACAGUGACAUACAUGUUCUAUUACAGUCUCGUUACAUACUUUACUCGUUAUAGUCUCGUUACAGUGACAUACAUGUUAUAUUACGGUCUCGUUACAUAUCUUGCUUCUCGUCAUUACAGUCCUCUUAUAUACUGGACACUACAUCGUUACAUUAUCAUACAGUCCCAUACAUUUCCGUCUAUUACAGUCUCGUUACAUACAUUGCACCAUGUCAUUACAGUAACCUAAUUUGCUUUGAAGUUAUAAAAUCUGAAUUUUAAUCAAAAUUUCUUUCUUCUAAAUCUCUUUAUUACAAAGGGAGAAAACCGUUAACCAGAAUGAAAUAAUUGGUUUGACAGAAAUGUCUUACCGUUCUUAUUUCAGCACUGCAAGACCUAGAAUUCAUACUAAUAUUCCCAAGUUUUGAAAUUUGAAUAGGUAAGCAAAAUCACAUAACAAGGACUCAAUUUUGUGAUUUUCGUCAGGAGGGAACUACAGGUACAUGUAUUAUGACAGGAGGGAACUACAGGUACAUGUAUUAUGACAGGAGGGAACUACAGGUACAUGUAUUAUGACAGGAGGGAACUACAGGUACAUGUAUUAUGACAGGAGGGAACUACAGGUACAUGUAUUAUGACAGGAAGGAACUACAGGUACAUGUAUUAUGACAGGAGGGAACUACAGGUACAUGUAUUAUGACCUCUAAUUACAACUCACCAGACGUUACGUUUUGUUUUUCAGUUUGCACUAAAGAUAAAAACACGCAGGACUGAGCCAAAGAUAAAAACACGCAGGACUGAGCCAAAGAUACUGGUUGAACUACAGGUGAUAUGAAAAUGACAGGUGUAUAUGUGCGUGAUCAUGAUAGCUAAACAAUUAAUUUUCUCAACUAUGUGUUCACAAAAUCUAAGUCACAUACCCGAUGCCUGUAGUAUAGCAUAUAAUUUGAUUAAAACCUGGUGAAUUAAGUACGCAAAUUACAUUUUGAAUAAUUCCAAAUGAAGUGCAAAAGGGCGAGAUAAGGCUACAUUAUCUUAUAAUACGCUACAUUCUGGAGUAGUAUGAUGGAAUAUUCACGAAUGAUACUGUCUUCUCUAUUCCUAUGUGCAGUCCAUGUAUAUGUAGUUUGUUCCGACUGGAGCUGUCCAGUGGGAUGGAAUAAAUAUUCAUUGUCCUGUUAUCAUUUCAGUCAGGAACACACAUCGUGGUUUGAUGCAAUGAAAAUGUGUCAAAUUCAUGGCGGCCAUCUUGUUCAUGUUGAAGAAGCUGCAGAAGACAGGUUUAUUGUUAGCCUAAUGGAUAAAAAUAAUUGUAGUAUUGUAUGGUUGGGUGCCUCGGAUUGGACCAUUGAAGGUAUAUGGGUAUGGGAGCCCCAUGGUGACAGACUGAACUAUACACACUUUGACGUUGGAAGGCCAAAUAAUCUGGGUACAGAGAAUUGUCUAUUAAUAGACGGUUCCUCUCAUAGUCAUCACAGCUACAAAUGGGACGACAGAGGUUGUGAGAAACAGUACUGUUAUGUCUGCGAAUUAAUGAAUGUCAAUGUAGGAUCUCUGCUUGGUUGAUGGAAAGUGGGGAAACAAUGAAUAAUAAAAAUACUAUGAACAUUUAGGACUUCAACUUAAGAUCUGAAAAGUUGUAAACGAAAUUUAAAAAAAAAAGCGACAGAGUACCUAGUGGAACAGACUGUCAAUAAAAAUAUAUGAAUUCA